GAACAGGCAGUGACUAACAAGCUUCUGAAAUUUGUUGUCAGGAAGGAGGAGGAACUUAAACCGAGAGCUCUUGCUUUUGCCAGAGAAAGAAAACACUGAGCAUACAUGUGUGAUCUUGUGCUCCAAAGCUGGCAAGAUAUUGCUUCAUGAAGAUGGUUAUUUGGGUUCUUGGUUGCCCUGUGGUGUAUUGAAGGAGUUACUCCUGAAUACAGCUGUUGCAUUGGUGAAAUUAAGGGAAAAGAAUAAAACAGCCACAACAAAAAUGCUGGAAGUGAAACCUUGCUCAACAUUUACUUAAUGUUCAUCAAUGAUUACAAAGUCAAGCACAGUUCAUUCCAAGGCACUCAGAAAUCUCUGUAGAUGUAUUUUGUUCUCAGAAGAUCCUGUCUAGAUUAAAUGUUGGGGGAUGACUGAUUAAGAAAGCGACAUUUGGCAUCCAUCUCACUCCACCAUGUCCCUCUGUGCAUCGUCUCACAAGGAAUGUGCUCGUUUGCCACCAAUUCAAGAUCUCAGAUGUACGAAAAGAGAAGCCAAAAGUGGCAUCUCUGAGCAGAGCUCUCCCAUCCCUUUCAGCUGCAGCCAGGCUGCUCUGACGGUGGAGCACAGCCCGAUCUACAUUCCAUCCUGUUAUAUGGAGAACAGACCUGACUACUCAGCCAUGGCUUUCUACAGCCCUUCAAUGAUGAAUUAUAACAUUCCGGGUAAUUUCAGCGAUUCAGAAAAUGCCACUGUAAGGCAGGCGGCGAGUCCGAGCAUGUUGUGGUCCAGUUCUGGUCACAUCUCUCCUCUGACAGUACACUGCCAAUCAUCGGUUUUAUAUGCAGAGCAACCAAAAAGCCCUUGGUGUGAAGCCCGACCUAUGGAUCACGUCUUGCCUAUUCACAGAGACACCCUGAAAAGAAAAAACAGCAGCAGUGACUGUACCAGUCCCACCACAAACAGCCCUGGUUCAAAAAGAGAUGCACAUUUCUGUGCUGUAUGUAGCGAUUAUGCAUCUGGAUAUCAUUAUGGGGUUUGGUCAUGUGAAGGCUGUAAAGCCUUCUUCAAAAGAAGCAUCCAAGGGCACAAUGAUUAUAUCUGUCCGGCGACAAACCAAUGUACAAUAGAUAAAAACAGACGCAAAAGUUGCCAGGCCUGCCGACUCCGGAAAUGUUAUGAAGUAGGGAUGAUGAAAUGUGGUUCAAGAAGAGAGCGUUGUGGGUAUCGUAUUGUUCGCCGUCAUCGCAAUCCAGAAGAUUUGGUGAAUUGUGUAGGCAAAGGGAAAAAGAAUAAUGAAAGCAUCAUCCAAGCAAAAGAAACCUUGGGCAAUGAAAUAAGCCCAGAACAGUUUGUCUCCAUAUUACUUGAAGCUGAACCACCAAAUGUGUUGGUGAGUCACCCCAACAGGCCGUUUACAGAAGCUUCCAUGAUGAUGUCCUUGACGAAACUUGCAGACAAAGAAUUGGUCCAUAUGAUUGGCUGGGCGAAAAAAAUCCCUGGCUUUGUAGAACUGAGUCUAUAUGAUCAAGUAAGGCUUUUGGAAAGCUGUUGGUUGGAAGUAUUAAUGGUGGGUCUAAUGUGGAGAUCCAUUGAUCACCCAGGGAAGCUCAUAUUUGCACCAGAUCUCGUGCUUGACAGGGAUGAGGGAAAAUGUGUAGAAGGAAUUUUGGAAAUCUUUGACAUGCUCUUGGCAACAACUUCAAGGCUUCGAGAGCUGAAAUUGCAGCACAAAGAAUAUCUCUGUGUCAAGGCGAUGAUUCUUCUCAAUUCCAGUGAGUAG